GCCAAAUGGUGAAGAAGAAAGGCGGCGCGUCCGACGACGCAACCGACGAGUUCGUCCUCUGGGCCCCGAACCGAGGCCCUAGCAAGCCCAACCGCGUCCGGCCCAUGUGGGCCACCACGGGACACCGCCAACGAAGGCUUUGGACGGGCAUGAAACAUUUCAACGCCAGUUUUUGGACGGGCGACGAUCGGUUUUCCGAGAGCCAUGUGAUCACUGGCAGCGAAUGGCUGUCGCAGCAGCAGCACCACGCACAUUCAUCAGUAAAAUGUGACCUAAACAACAAUGAUUAUCGGAAACAAGCGAAACGAAGCCCAUCUCCUCCUAAUACAUCCAAAGCAAUUUCCCUUGCGGAUCAGCCAAACGAAGCAAAAAAAGAUGAAGUCGAGCCAUCGAUUGUUGGAAAGGAAGAAAAGGAAGAGGAAAACAAAGAGCAGAAACGAUUGAUGCAGACGAUGACCAUCAGCAGAAGAGUGCACGAAGCGUUUCAGUUCAAACUGAAGGACGUUUACAAACGAGGGGUUGGGGACGCCGACGAAAACUGCAUCAGGCCCGGUGACUUUGCACGCACUGUGGUGCCCAACAACUGCGAGCCUCCGCGUCUUUCUUUGGUGCCGUCACCGCCCGGAGCCCCGGGGGCCCCAGGAGUGCCCCGAGGCCCGGUGGACCCCCAGGCCGUGCCGGUGCUCAAGACUCGCGUCUCGCCCGCUUCCAGGGUGGAGACGGCCGGACCUCAGGGGCCGCCUGCCAAGUACACGCCCACCAGGGACCUCGGCGGACAGAAUGUGGUGCGCGGCGGAGCAAGUCUUUCAGUAGCCCGAGCGAUGCCUCAACAUUCAAACGGUCCGUCGACCCCUUCGCCCUUGGCCACCGCCCCCGCGCCGGCCGCCCUCCUCAGGACGGUGAGCAAAGACCGUCUGGCCUCUGCGCAGUCUGGCUGGACCGAGUACUCGGCGACGAGCACCACCACCGUCGCCGUCCUCCCCCAAAGACCCUCCCCCGCCUCCAAUGGGGUUGCUGUCUACAAAGCCUCAAGCAGAGAAGUUGCUCCAGUGCCCAGACAGUCUCCUUUAAGGGCCACUCCCUCCCGACCUACCGGGACACCACCUACCCUGGGCAAAAGCACUCCUCCGUUGACGGAAUGGUCACCGGACAGCAACUCGUCUUCUUCAACCACGACCCCUGGAAGCGCCGGUUUGAAUAAACUGGAGCUCUGCCAGUUUUACAAUGUUCAGCAGUUCCCCGAAAGGGACAUUCCACAUGAAAAGCAGGUGCUUCAACCUAAGCAGCACAACCCGCCAGCAGUCGAAAAAAUCAUAAGAGCUGCUGAAAAUGAACUUGAGGCAAACGAGAGCAAAGGCAGCCCAACCAUUCCAGAGUCCCCCGAGAAGAGCAACCCCAUGAGCCAGCAACCACAUGCAACAGCCGAAGACAACUCGCAGUGCCCAGGGUCCAGGUUAAAAAGACCAGCCGCCAAAAUGAAGUCCAGGAGAAGAAACAUUCUCAGCUUCCCUCAUCACUUGAGUGUUGACGAACUCAGACUCCUGCAGAGACGGCAAGAUUCUUGUGGAGGAUCUUCAAGUGAUGAAAAUCGCUCCUCAGGACACGCCAGCAUGUCAGACGGACACACUAGUUCUUCACCGCCGGCAGAUUCGCUGGGCAGGAAACAUAACCAUUACAAGUCACCCCUUGGUGCUGUUCCUGAAGAUGAAAGAUUGUCAGCCAGCGUGAUGCUCCUGCAGAAAGAGCAGGCGUCGCGUCCGUCAAACACCCACGCAGCCAGCAACUCCAGGAAAGGCGCCGUCAUUCAGCAAACGUCCCGGUCGCGCCACCGUGCCACCCCUGCAAAACUGGAGUCUGGGGGUGGUUUAGAGGAUAUCCGGCUGGCCAUUGAGCAACUCACCCUGCGGUCGCACGGCUCCAGGGCCUCGUACAGCACCUCCACCUACUCAAGCAUGAGCGGCAGUGAGAGCGAACCCGUCCGAAGACUCAUCAGACACUCCAGCCUCGAGACCAUCAACACCAACGGCACGGCGGCUGACGAGUUUGUCUGGGUGGAUUCUCACAACAGACUGGUUGAGCUCCAGCAUCUGCCAUGGACAAACCACGACGUUCUGCGCGUGAUCCAGCAAGGUCGCGCCAAGGACCACCUGGAGAGAGUCUCAAUGGAAACGGUGCCUCGCCUGGCGUAUCUUCUGCAAAGGGCCCUCGUCCGGAUAGCACGCGAAGCCCAACGGCUGGCCAAACCCCUGGGCAUGUGCAGCAAACACGAAGUGGCAAGUGCCCUCAAGAUCGUCCUGUCGCCCGCCCUGGCCGACAGUUGCACCAAGUCCUGCCUUAGGGCGGCCGCCAUGUUUGCAGUGUCCGGUGACCAACUCAAGCAGAGCAAGUCGGCGCGCGCCGGCCUCCAGCUCAGCGUCGGCCGCUUCCACAGGUGGAUGAGUGACGUCCGGCUUGGAAAAUUCAUUCACGAAUAUGCUGCUGUUUACUUGGCUGCUGGAAUGGAAAACUUGCUGGAAGAGGUGAUUUUGCAGUGUCUUCCUGACGACAGUUCACUUCUCACUGCACCCAUAUUUGAACACGCCAUUGCCACAAAUGGUGAUCUCUGGGGGCUUCUGCAACCCUACGCUCAUCUGAAUGCAGGACGAACUGCCACAGGCGCCCUUUCCAUGCCACGCUGGCCGAGUGCUGUUAGUUUGAGUUCGACGGACGAAGGCGCCUCUUCGUGCAGCCUCCAGUCGGUCACGCACGGCCUAGGCGCUGGCGCUGGUGGCAAGACUUUGGAACAGUGUCUGCUGACCACGUGUGUGGGGUCGGCGGCCGAGCUGUCUGAACUUCUGGCCAGGGUGUCGCAACACGUGACCCGGUCGCAGGGUCGCGCGCCGCCCCACUGGGCCGCCUCUGCCCUGCACGCCCUCUUCUAUUUCAUGCGCUGCUCGCAGCUCGAACACGCCGAGCAUGCCGAGGGCGGCGGACCUGUGCAGGAAUUGGUCUAUGAGCGACCCUACGCCGUCUUGCCACCACUCACUGAGUGGGCAAGGGCGGCGGCAGCGCACGCAGAACACCGAAGGGCGCCGGCCAUCGACAGGGACGACGUUCUCCAAGCUGCCAGGCUGCUGCUGCCCGGCGUUGACUGUCCUGUCAGACUGGUUUGCCAAGAGGAAGUUUUGUGUCCGAAAAGACCGACCGGCGACGAGGGUGCUUGCGUCCGCCGGUUCAAAACGGACCUCGCCUUCAAGAUGUUGAGCUGCGGCCGCACCGACCUGAUUCCUCACGCGCUCCAGCUGCUGCCCUCCGCCAAGAUCAACACAGUCAACGAGCAGGGCCUGACGCCUCUGAUGGCCGCCUGCGUGCACGGCGACGAAGCGUCCGUUCGUCUGCUCUUGGAAGCCGGCGCGGACGUGGACACCGAGUCCCCCGGCUCUCGACAGGGUGGAGCGACAGAUGAGACGCAGCAUUGGACGGCGCUGACCUACGCCGCCCUGCAGGGCCACUCUGGGGUUGCGCGUCUGCUCCUUGAAAGGGGGGCCAACGUUGAGGGAGGCGCGCGUCUCUCGGAGGACCGGUGCACCGAGACGCCUCUCCAGGUGGCCGUGGCCGUCGGCAGCCAGGACAUGGUGACCCUGCUGCUUUCACACGGCGCCAACCCUUUCCUCUCCACGCUUAUAAAAGACUCACUCUGCUACUCCGGCGCCGCACAAAGAGGUUGCUUCAGUGCGAUUUCUGUGGCCGCUGCUCACGGUCAAAGGGCAACUAUGCACCACUUGCUCGCACACCACCCUGUCGCCGCCCCAAAAGAAGUUUUGUCACUUGAGGAAAUUUUGGCAGAAGGAGAAACAGGUGCUGCUACGUCAGAGCGUAGGAACAGCAAUGCUGCAAUUCUCAAUGAGGAAACCAACCUGAAAUUCAGCAAGAGCCAAAUCAAGGCCCUUCAAGAGGCAAUGUACCACAGCGCUGAAAAUAACCACCUUGAGUUAACCCUUGACCUUCGUCAUAUUGGGGUUCCCUGGACCCUUCACUGCUGGAUGUUGGCCCUGAGCGGCGCGCACGAGCUCCGACUUGAGAGCGUUAUUGACCAACUUUUGCAGGAUUUUCUGCAAGUGUGGCCUGAUGAUUACUCGGAGCAAUUUGUAGACGAGUGCCUGCCCCUGCUUUUUACAAUUUUUCGGUACAGCAAGAAGGAGGGCACAACUUUGCUGCUAGCAGAUAUCUUUUCCACGUGCUACGGCUGGGAGAACGUGAAAGAAAUUCGCGAGCAGGCCAUGAUGUCGCCCGGCAGCGCUCGGAUUGACCCGCAGUUUGUCAACAACGAGGAGUUGAGCGACGUCAGGUUUCGUGUAGAGGGCCGGCUUUUCUUUGCUCACAAAAUCGUGCUGGUCACUGCCAGUCCCAGGUUUAAGUCCAUGCUCAGCUCAAAGUUCUGUGAAGGAAGUCCUCCGGUUGUGCAGAUCAACGACAUCAGAUACAACAUCUUCCAAAUGGUGAUGCAGUAUCUGUAUAAUGGAGGUGUUGACUCUCUGGAAGUGGAUCAAACUGAUGUCUUGGAGCUGAUGGCUGCUGCCAAUUUCUUCCAACUGGAUGGACUUUUACGUUUUUGUGAAGCUCAGUGCGCCUCCCUUGUCGACUUGGAUAACAUUGUGUCCAUGUAUAUCCACGCAAAGGUUUAUGGUGCUGGACAGUUGCUGGAAUUCUGCCAGGGCUUCCUUUUGCAAAAUAUGGUUGCUCUCCUGACCUACGACGACUCGGUCAAGCGCCUUCUUUUUGGCAAGAAGUUGCACAACCAUGACGUCCUGGCUGGUCUGCUUCUAACCUUGCAGGCCAGAAUACGAGGACGAAGUGGGCGGAUUACCAAGAUGAUCAAAUGAGUUUUCCUUCCGCCUUGCAUUGUUUAAGUGAACCAACUACCUCUGACAUAAAUAGUAUACUUGACUCCGCAAUCUCAAAUAAUUAUGUAUAUCUUUUGAGCAUCCAUUCCAGUGACUUGGAACUACAACUUCGCUCAAUGUACAUCUCCAGAUAUGAUUUCAUUGUUUUAUAAAGAGUUUUUGAUAAUAUUUUAUCAAUUUGUAUUCUUGUACUUGUUAUUAGUUUUUGUAAAUGGGUUGCAAAUGAAUUUUGUAUCAUUUUUAAAACAGGUUUCAAGGGGGUGCUGAAUUAAACUAAGCUUAUACUUUCUACUUCAACUGAAAACAAAUGUGUUUUACUGUGCUAAACAAAUCUCGCAAAUCUCGACACGAGAAAUAAUUCACAGUGUAUUAUAUUGCUUUUUUAAUGAAUAUUAUCUUUGUAUUUUUAUGAAGUUAUUAAUUCUCUAAGCAUUUCUAAUAAUCCUCCUCUUUAUUUAUUGUGCCAAUUUUCUAAUAAAAUAAUCUUUAAAUAUCUAAAA